AUGGCUGACCGCGCUCCUCCCCUCCGUCUGGGCUCUACUGCCCCCAACUUCAAGGCCCUGACCACCCAGGGCGAAAUCGACUUCCACGAGUGGAUUGGUGACAAGUGGGCUAUCCUCUUCUCACACCCUGCUGAUUUUACACCAGUCUGUACCACUGAGCUCGGCGCCUUCUCCAAGCUCGAGCCCGAAUUCACCAAGCGUGGUGUCAAUCUGAUUGGAUUGAGUGCCAAUGCACUUGAUUCCCACGAAGAGUGGAUCAAGGAUAUCAACGAAGUCAACUCCACUCAACUCAAGUUCCCAAUCAUCGCCGAUGCCGACCGCAAAAUCGCUUUCCUCUAUGAUAUGAUUGACGAACAAGAUCUCACCAACGUCGACAGCAAGGGCAUCGCCUUCACCAUUCGCUCCGUCUUCAUCAUCGACCCUGCCAAGAAGAUCCGCCUGAUCAUGUCCUACCCCGCCUCCACUGGUCGUAACACAGCAGAGACGGGUGAUAAGAGAGGCGUCACCACCCCGAUCAACUGGCUGCCCGGUGACGACGUUAUUGUGCCACCAACAGUUAACAACGAGGCUGCUAAGGAGAAGUUCGGCGAGUUCCGUGAAGUCAAGCCUUACCUGCGCUUCACUACUCUUAAGGAGUAA